CAUCUCUGGACCUUUCGCCUCUGCAGCGUACGCCGCAACCAUGGCGCCGCUUCGCAUCAUUGACUCUCACACGCAUGUCUGGCCCCAGAGCAUGUCACAUGCUGGCGAAGGAGGCCACGCUUGGAUGACGCCGGGUAUGCCACUUGCUAAGCAACACAUACUCUCCGACUACUAUCGCGCUUCCAAACAAGAUGAGCUACGCAAGCAAGACGUCACUUUCGAAGGAGUUGUGUACGUUGAGACCGACGUGCGCUAUGACAAGCCCAAUGGCGACCUGCGAUCAUGGGCCAAAGGCCCACUGGACGAGAUCAGAUUCCUACGAGAUAUAGUCGAAGGCAAAUAUGGCGAGCGAGACAGCCAUAUUCUCAUCGGGAUUGUUGCCUGGGCACCAAUGGACCAACCGACGAACGUACUAGAAGAGUGGCUACGCGUGGCUGAAGAGACCGCUGGACGAGAGACGUGGAAACGAGUCAAAGGCUUUCGAUUUCUGCUACAAUUCAUACAAGACCAAGAGGAAUUCGAGAGACUGGUCUGGAGUGACCACUUCACAAAAAACCUCCAACUACUCGGCAAACGUGGCUUCGCAUUUGACAUUGGCGUUGACCAGCACUCCGGGGGUGCGUGGCAACUACAGGCGAUCGCGACAGCGAUGGAGAAGGCACAUUUGGACGUCUCGGAGGCGGAGAAGGUCACAUUCGUGAUCAACCACCUUUGUAAGCCGGAUUUUAUACCAAACGGCCCGGAGUUUCGGGCUUGGACAAAAGCGACGCAAGUCAUGGCCGGGUGGUCUAAAACAUACAUGAAGCUCUCGGGUGGCUUGAGCGAACUUCCCGAGGAGGUUCUCGCGACCAAGGACGCUGCUGCCAUUGCCAAACACAUGAAGCCCUGGGUCGAACAUGUCUUUGCAGUGUUCGGGCCUGAAAGAAUCAUGUUCGGCAGUGAUUGGCCUGUCUGCAAUGUCCGAGGACCGGGCGAAGAAGCUUCGUGGACGAUGUGGAAGGGGAUCGUCGCAGAUCUGAUCGAAAAUCAAGUUGCUGAUCUCUCAGAUGCAGAUAGGGCAUCGGUUUGGAGCGAAGCAGCUCGGAGAGCCUACAAGCUCGGCUGA